AACUUGGUUCGAAGACGUGAGCACAACUCAAACGAUAUGUUAUCGAAUAAGUAACAUGGUCACACAAUUACGAGUGUCGAACACUCUGGUAACUCUGUGGUAGUUUUUUUAUUUUCAAAAUUUGUGUUUUGGUGUUCGAAUGCAACAAAACAAUUAACGCUUUAACUAACAUAAAAGCAUUCAAAGUACGCUUAUUUUAGAAUAUUUAUUAUAAUAUAUAAAAUCAAUUUAUUUAAACAACAUGGAACUAAACUUCAGCAGAGAGCAAGAACAGAUCUCAAUUCCGAUUCAGACGAUUAGAUCAUUAGAUCCCUUAUGGACAUUGGAGAAACAAAUCUUCGAAAUUUACGGUUGAAUCUAUGUUUAGACUGAUGAAAAUUUCGGUCAUACACCAGGAAACUAGUUUAUCAUCGAUUCAUUUGUUCUGUUAUUUUUUAAGCGGUUAGACGGCUUAGACAAUCCGCAAUGUCCGCAAGCGAUUUUAUUUUAGGAGGAGUGGCUGCAAUGGGGGCCACCGUUUUUACAAAUCCCCUGGAUGUGAUAAAGACACGGAUACAGCUACAAGGAGAAUUGGCACGUCGUGGAACUUAUGUGGAACCCUAUAAGGGCGUAGCUCAGGCUUUCUAUACGGUGGUAAAAAACGAUGGACUAUUGGCCCUGCAACAGGGACUGGUUCCAUCUUUAUGCUUCCGCUUUGUAAUCAAUUCGAUCAGAAUAGUUUCCCAUCCGAGCAGAUUGGGCGUUUAUUCAAUAGCUAUGGAUAACCAUUGGAUGCACACAAAAGACGGAGAUGUCUCCUACGGCUUGGGACUAUUUUGGGGUGCCCUGGGCGGUGUGACCGGUUCCUUUGUCGGGAACCCUUUUUUCCUGAUAAAGACACAAUUACAAUCUCAGACUGUGGAUAAAAUUGCUGUCGGACGUCAUCGUCAUUCCCAUAGCUCGAUGGUGGAUGCCAUUCGCACCAUAUUCCAUAAAAAUGGGUUCUUUGGUCUGUGGCGGGGAUCGAUGGCAUCGAUGUAUCGGGCCACAGUUGCCUCCAGUGUACAAAUCGCAACCUUCGGCAAAAUGAAAUCCCUGCUACACGAUAACGAAUGGAUCACUCGACCAACCAGCAUAUCCUUUUGUUCAAGCCUAUUUGCUGGAACUUUUCUUGCAGUGGCAAGUACACCACUCGAUGUGAUUGCCACCCGUCUAUUUAACCAAGCAGUGGACUCCAAAGGUCGUGGUCUCUCAUAUAGUGGUGCAUUGGAUUGCUGUCUCAAGAUUCUGAAAUCUGAGGGCAUAUAUGGUCUAUACAAAGGAUUCUGGGCCAACUAUAUGCGUGUAGCUCCGCACACGACGUUAACUUUGGUUUUCUUUGACGAAUUGGUUCAUCUCAAGAAUCUGUUUAUGUUAUAACGAUAUACAAAUAUAUGUAUUUCUUGAUAUCACUUAAUAGUAUUCAGUAUUUUUGACAAUUAUUCGUGUUGAAAAGUUUUUGUAUUUUAUAUUUUUUUUUUUAUUAAAUACACACUAGUUUACCGAACAUUAUCAGUGCAUUUUAAAACUUAAUAUGUAUCUUAAAUGGACGAUGCCGAAUAUUCGGUUGGGAAUUUGAAUGUGUGCUUGCCAGUUGAUUGGACUGAGGGCAGUAAACCGGCAUUCGGAAUAAUGUUCCAGGACAGAGAUAAGGUCACAUUACGAUUGUCCUUCAAGCCGUUGCCAUCGUCCCAGAAGUAGUAUUUGGUAUUCAUGUUCUUGAAGUCCAACACGGCAUUUUCGCCACGCAAGAUGAUCUUGUCCCAAAGAACGACUUGAUUUAAUUGAUUCGUUGGUGUCUUGUAUUCAGCUGUCAAAUACAGGAACAGUUGCUUCACAUUCCAGUUGAAGAUACUGGUGAGAUUCGUCUCAAGAUCAAAAGUGAUGAAGCCGAGGUCAUGUUUCUCCCGGGAUGCACCAUAAUCGGGAACAUUUUUUACCAGGACACGGACAGUAUUGAUGUUAGCAUCGGUUCGGUAGUCCAGAAAAACGGUGGACAGAAAGCAGCUAAAUGUUAGACAAGCUAGCACACUCAGCGAGUAUGCCACUGUAGCAUUGCCUCUAGUUAGUACCGUGUGCAUUUUUUAUUCUAAUCCUGAGUUUCGGCUAAAAUCAAA